GCGGCGCGGCGUCCGGGGCCUCCAGCAUGAGCAAGCCGGCCGGCUCAACAAGCCGGAUUUUAGACAUCCCGUGUAAAGUCUGCGGCGACCGCAGCUCUGGCAAGCACUAUGGGGUUUACGCCUGCGAUGGAUGCUCGGGGUUUUUCAAACGAAGCAUCCGAAGGAACAGGACUUAUGUCUGCAAAUCUGGAAACCAGGGAGGCUGUCCAGUGGACAAGACACACAGGAACCAAUGUAGGGCUUGUCGGCUGAAGAAGUGCUUGGAAGUCAACAUGAAUAAAGACGCUGUUCAACACGAAAGGGGACCAAGGACAUCUACGAUAAGGAAACAAGUCGCUCUUUAUUUCAGAGGACACAAGGAAGAUAAUGGAGCCACCCCUCAUUUUCCCUCUGCAGCUCUACCUACCCCAGCUUUCUUCACUGCUGUCACACAGCUGGAACCCCACAAUUUAGAACUGGCUGCAGUUUCUACAACAUCAGAAAGGCAGACUUUGGUGGGCUUGGCUCAACCAACUCCAAAGUAUCCACAUGAAGUCAGCAGUACUCCAAUGUAUCUCUAUGAAGUGGCUACAGAAUCUGUCUGUGAAUCAGCGGCAAGACUUCUCUUCAUGAGUAUUAAAUGGGCCAAGAGUGUUCCAGCCUUUUCUACACUGUCACUGCAAGACCAGCUGAUGCUUUUGGAAGACGCUUGGAGGGAACUGUUUGUUCUAGGAAUAGCACAAUGGGCCAUUCCAGUUGAUGCUAACACUCUACUGGCUGUAUCGGGCAUGAAUGGUGACAACACAGAUUCUCAGAAGCUGAAUAAGAUUAUCACAGAAAUACAGGCGUUACAGGAGGUUGUGGCCAGAUUUCGACAGCUUCGUUUAGAUGCUACAGAAUUUGCCUGUCUCAAAUGCAUUGUCACUUUUAAAGCUGUACCUACGCAUAGUGGUUCUGAACUGAGAAGUUUUCGGAAUGCUGCUGCCAUUGCAGCUCUUCAAGAUGAAGCUCAGCUCACCCUGAACAGCUACAUUCAUACCAGGUACCCAACACAACCCUGUCGUUUUGGGAAACUCUUGUUGCUUUUGCCAGCUUUACGUUCAAUUAGUCCUUCAACAAUAGAAGAAGUGUUUUUCAAAAAAACCAUUGGAAAUGUGCCAAUUACAAGACUUCUUUCAGAUAUGUACAAAUCCAGUGACAUUUAAAUUGACCUGGCAAUUUUUAAAAAAUCAGGAUGGAAAUUUCUGAAAACUUUUCAAGCUAUGGAGAGUAAGCCUCAGCUUAAAAAAAAAAAACCUCUACAGGAAGCUGAAGCCUGAAGAUGUUUACUCUAUUGACAAAAUGGGUCCAAUAGAUAGGAUUCUGCUGCCUUGAAAAGAGUGACAAGUCCGUGGACAACUAUUGUGCUCCUCAGAGGAACUGCAGUGGAUGGAACUUGACUACUGCUUCUCCUGUAGCUGUGUGGUGGAGCCAAUUCAGUUGUCAUUCAUAGUUAACAAAGGCUGUGCUAGUCUGUCAUUUAGCUGACAGAUUUGACAGGGUAAAGAAAAAGGUAUAGUUUUGUUUUCAUUUUUUGAAAAUUUGGGUAACCAAACAUUGUUGUAAAGUGUCAUGAGGUGGCCUUCAAAAAUGUUUUUUUUAAAGUAGCUUGUUGGUGAAUGGUUUUUAUAUGACAGGCAACAUUGAAUACCAGGUUAUCAAAACAUUUACUUCAGUUGUAACAUAAAAGUGGCCUUUGUAAUGUUUUGGGGUUUUUUGUGGCAAACACAUUCUGCGUUCAAAUAGGCCAGGCCUCCCGUUGAAAAAAACCAUGAAUUUGGUGAGCUUUGCUUCUGAAUCUUGCCAAAAUUUCAGUUCAUUUUAACAUCUCAGACAGAAGAGCUUUAAAAAAAAAAGUUAAACAUACAGUAAGUGAAGAUUAAACAGCAAAACCAAAUAAAAGCAAAUAAAGAGGAUUGAUUCAGUGAAUGGAUCACUGUCCCACUGUCGUAGUGCUGAAACCAAAGGCAAUGACGGCCAAACUCUUUGUCAAUGAGAUGUACAAAAAGGAGACCUGACUUGCCAAUUACUGCAACAGUUUGAAAUAUCGUAUCAAUGAUGGAAAAUGGUUUCGCAAUACAAACCUUUCCUGUGUCUUUAUAGAAAACUUCCUGUUGAAAGCCUUGAUAUCUUUCAUGCAACCACUACCACCUACAAGAAUAUAUAUUAUGAGCUGCUUAAUUUGUUGAGACUAUUCUUAUGGAAAAUUUAGGGGGGAAAUUUAAGAUAGCUGCUGUACUUUUAGGAACUAGCACUGAGGAAGAAGAAUCAGCACUUGAAGUAUCAUAGACUGAGUAAAACUUCUCUUGUACAAAGUGGAUUAACUGAUUUGUGAAGUUAAGAUUGUACUCAUUGUAUUUACAAAGAAUAAAAAUAUAUUAAAAUUUAAAA